AGAUUCGGUCUGGCUGUCCUCUCAGCCAUUAAUAUUUUUGUUCCAAAUACCUACUCAACACUCUCUUUUCAACUUCUUCACCGAUCAGACCGAACAGAGGACGUUUGCUUUGGAGUUUGUUAGAAUUCUUUCUUCCUUCCAGUCCCUUCAUUUCGGCGACUAGACAUUAUCAAACGGUCUAUUUAUAAACCCUCCGAUUACGAAUUCCUACCUCUGCUUUCGCGCAGACAACCAUCUAGACCACGAUCAAAAAAGAAUAACCUUCGUUUUCGCUGAGAGCAAUCGCAAAUAUGGAUGACAAGAAGAACGAAGAUGUUGAGAUGCGCAAUUUCAAUGGGCGCUCAUCCCCAUCUCAACGCGAUCCUUUUAUAUCCAAGCCAGGGGCAGGAGCCAAAAGAGGAGGUUCUUCCUUUGACCUCUCCAAUGUCACGAAUAGCCCUGGAAUCUCCAUUCUUGCCUACUGUUUGGCAUCAAUUUCUAUGACCGUGACCAACAAAUACUGUGUUUCGGGUUCAAAUUGGAAUUUGAACUUCUUCUAUCUAGCUAUUCAGGUAUGCUUUGGAUGCCAUUCUCUGCGAGGUCUUUACUAACACUACUAGUCUGUCGUAUGUAUCAUCGCGAUUAUCAUCUGCAAACAAGCAGGCUUGAUCACAAAUCUUGCACCAUUUGACACCAAGAAAGCGAAAACAUGUAAGUAUUAAUCUUCUUCCCAGAGCAAGUUUGGCGGCUAAUGCCGAAAUUAGGGUUCCCCAUCUCACUCCUCCUCGUCGGCAUGAUUUACACCAGCACAAAGGCUCUCCAAUUCCUUUCGGUUCCCGUCUACACAAUCUUCAAGAACUUGACAAUCAUUGUGAUCGCAUAUGGUGAGGUUUUGUGGUUUGGAGGAAGUGUCACUCCUUCAGCUCUCUUCUCAUUCGGUCUUAUGGUUCUCAGCUCCGUCGUUGCUGCUUGGGCCGAUAUCCAACACGCUUUGUAUGGAGGUGGUGCUACACAAACCAAGGAGGCUGCCGAUGCUCUGUCUACAUUGAAUGCUGGAUAUGCGUGGAUGGGUAUGAACGUUUUCUGCACUGCAGCAUACGUUUUGUCCAUGCGUAAGGUUAUCAAGAAGAUGAACUUCAAGGAUUGGGACAGUAAGUUUUCCUGCAAUCUUGCAUUUUCUCUAUCAAUUCUAAUUUCGCCUAGCUAUGUUCUACAACAACCUCCUUACUAUCCCUGUCCUCUUCGUUUGCUCGUUCGUUUUCGAAAACUGGUCAUCCGAAAAUCUCACCAAGAACUUCCCACUUGAGACCCGAAACAAUCUCAUUCUCGGCAUGGUCUACUCUGGACUCGCUACUAUCUUCAUAUCAUACUGCUCUGCUUGGUGUAUCCGUGUCACUUCUUCAACAACCUAUUCCAUGGUUGGUGCUCUUAACAAGUUGCCAAUCGCUGUCAGUGGUCUCGUUUUCUUCGCAGCUCCUGUCACAUUCGGAAGUGUUUCCGCCAUUUUCAUCGGUUUCGUCAGUGGUAUCGUUUAUGCAUGGGCAAAGGUUAGACAAAACCUAUCGAAGGGGAGUGUUCUUCCUACAACACAACCAGUUAUGAGCGCAAGUUCCCAGAGCAAUCGUGAUGCUGCAAAGGCAUAAAUAAAUGUCAAUACUCUUAAGUUGAACGGAUUAACGUCACAUCCCACCAAUAGUACCUCACUUCGAGUACUUUUAAUCUAGAAUUCUGAUCAAGAUCUAGAGAAUGACUGACGGCCUUAGCAAUAACAGCUCCCUGGUGUCAAUCCAUCUGAAUUGAGGGGGGCGGGACUAAUGUUUGGAGAUAUAUAUUUGUAUUAUACACUUUUUCUUGUUCGACGUAUGUUAGAUGGAACGGAUUGCCAGAGAUUCUUUACGGACGGUAUUCUUUUACACACCUUCAACCUUAUGCAUAACUUUUAGGUUCUGAAUCAUGGCGUAUGUACGGGACAUGAUGCAUUCAUGAGCAAUGGAUAAUAGAAAUUUGUAGUGUUUUAGGAAUUCAAAAGGUUCAAAAGUUCGUUAAUGUGUUCAGAAGUUUGGUGAUGUGGUC